AUGUCGCGCCAAGAGGCGGCGCUCUGCUGGAGCGCUAUGGUCCGGCGCACAGGGGGAGAGGCGGUGGCCCUCGCGUUUCCCUUCACCUGCGGCUACGUGGGUCGUCACAAGCGCUGGUCCACCUUGGUCAUGGAGAUUGAGGAGAGCCUGGUGGACGAAUGGGGGAGCUUGGGCAUCUUGGUCAUGCGCGACACAUUUUGCAAUUUCUUGGACAGCCCGGAGCUCUUCUGCGAGUCCCCGGGAAUGGCGGAAGCCACGCCGCUUGGACGAAGAAGCCGCAACCCUGCGGCUCCGGUCUGGUUAAGGCCCGAGGAGCGCUUGCGCCUGGAUCUGCGCAAGAGCCAGGAGGCGCAGAGAGCCGCGGAGGCCGAGAGCCGGCGGCUCCAGGACCAAAACGAAGAGCUGCGGGCCGCGCUGGAUGAGGCGGACCGGGACGCCCGAGAGGCUGAGGCGCUGAACGGACACAUGCAGCGCCGGGUGGACGAGAUGGAGGUUCAGCUUGCAGCUCUGCGGCAGUACGAGUCCGAGUUCGACCAGAAGGUCACUAAGAUGCUGGACGAGAGGGACGAGGCCCUUGCCUCGGCGGCCAAAGACAAAGAGGCGAUCCUCCUCAAGGUCCGGGAGCUGCAGGAGGAGCUGGCGCUGGCGCGGAAGUCCCCAGCCGCCGAGGGCCUGGCCGAUGCCUCGGAGCUGGCGAUGAUGCUCAAGGAGCGGCAGCUGGAGGUGGAGGACUUGUUGGACCGCACGGAGCAGCUGGAGGAGGACCUCGCCCGCGCCCGCGAGGAGCUGGACCUGCGCCCGGGGUUGAAGCCAAGCGUCCCAGGAGAUGCUUCGCUCACAGCUGGUCUUCAGCCGGCCCAGCAACAGCAGCAAUACGAGGAGCGCCUACGACAUUUGAAGGCGGAUGCUUUGGAGAAGGAUGCCCGUCUUCUGGAUGCUGAGAAGAAGCUGGAACAAUUGGCACGGGGUAUGGGUGCCGAGGCCAUUCUGGCCGAGAAUCGUCAAGUUGCGAAGGAGAAUGCCGACAUGAAGCGACAGGUAGCAGAGGCCAAGCGCGACCUCUCCCACUACCUCUCCGAGGCUGCGAGCAUCGUUUACGAGAACGAGCUGCUCAGGAACAUCGCCAACGUGAAGCCGGAGCAGCUGAAGCUUCAAGACUGGAAGCUGAAGGACAAGGUCACCAGCGCCAAGGCCCAAGCCGUGGCCCGGCAGCUGGAGAAGGACCUGGCGGAGCUGGAGACGGAGCGGGGGAAGCUGAAGGCGCGGCUCCGGCAGAUGGCGGAGCUGGCCGCGGAGAAGGUCUCGCUUUUGCACGACCUGCAACCAGAGGAGAUGCUGCAGUUGGAGGAGAUCGCCGCGCGCAUGCGGCAGGGCAAGUUGGAGUUGCCCCUCGAUGACCAGAGCAGUCGCCUGAAAGAGGAGCGGGACGAGUUGAAACGGCGGCUGGCCAUGAAAGACCGGGAGGUCGCGGAGCAUGUGGACAGGAAAGUGGAGGAGGUGCUGAAGAAGCAGGGCACGACCAAAGACUUGGAAGCCAAGCUGGCAGCCCAGUCCUCAGCUCAAGUCGGUCUUUGA